UAUCACCAAAUUUGAUAAAUUUCUUAUCAUUUUGACGAGUGUAGCCACCCUCCUUAAAGUUAUGUGUCAAAAAAAAAUAGUUUGAAGAACGAGUGUGUGCGCGCCACACGAGUGUGCCAAAGUGACGUAACUCUUUUCCACUCGCGUUCCUCAGGGGGCUGCACAAUAAUUUGUGCUAUAGUCGUGGGUAUUGAACUAUCUCGUUGUCAAGCAAAACAACUGUGCACGAGAGGUAGAAAUUUCUAUCUCCACGUGAAGCUCAAAUAAUGGGCAUUGGAAAGCACAAAAAUUGCUUCAGUUCGGUGCCAGCGACCGAAUUGGGUCGUGCACCCGCGCGUUCCUACACGCACGCACAAUCGACAUAUCGAUUGGAUUUAUCGUCGUUUUUAGUUCGCUCGUGAACGUGGACUUGCCUUAAUAGGAAGCAUGGUGAAUAUAAUAAAAGCACGAAAUUUAUUGUGCCUCCAGUGUUCGGGGAUAAAGUGACUGCUGGUCGAAUGGAGCUUGCUCGUCGGGAUAAUUAGUGCUGGUGAAAAAUGGUCGAAGCGAGCCCCAGAUUUCAGUGCUGGUUUUGCAGAAGCAUUCGAGGACGAAGCCAACAGCAUGAAUUCCCUCGGAGAAAGCUCACUUCUUUUUCGUCCCUCCAACUCGUCUUCGUUUUUCUCGUUUUUCCGUACAAAUUUUGUGCCUUUUUGACAAACCUGUGCAACUCUCCGCGUUGAAUAAAUCACGGAAGAUAUGCAACGUGGAAAAUGUUGCGCGCACUGUCCAGGAAAUUGGGGCUCGAACGCCGGGGAAGCGAGAGAAAAUCAUUCGUGUUGUCUGCCCGCGUACGUUCGAGGGAAUUUGAAAGUAUCGGGACUGAGGGAAACGUCGAGGCCCGAGGAUGCGGAAAGAUCGGAGAGGCUCCGAGGGAAAGUUUGCCCCAGGAAAUGCGACGAUGAAAGGCCUUCUUCGUGCUACGAUAGGUUUGCAAUUGCUAGAAAGUUUCACGCCGAAAAUCUGCAGCACCAGCCCCUCCCCGACCGAGUGGACGACUCGAUUUUCAAAAAUGUACGGACGAGGAUGACGCACCUGGAGAAUUCCGGGGGCGACGUUGAGCAACGUCCUCCUCCCGGGCUCGGCGCGAACGGGGGCGGCCCUCGGGGCUCGAAAUACUUGAAAAAAAUCCGAGCCGGCCUCCAGUGCGGAGCAACUCUCGGGUGCAAAACUCCGACGACGAACAUGGACCUCGCCAUCUGUUGGGAAGCGCCGUUGGAUCCGACGUACGAGCCCUCGCGGGCGGUCCGCAUCGAUGGGACCGACGGCGGGCCGGCUCCGGCGAUAUUCACGCUGGUCGAGCGCGAAGUGGCGCGCCGCGAGGGUCACCAAAACGACGGAGAAUGCUCCAAGAAUCCUCUCGACAUUUACGAGGCGAAAUUCAGCAAUUUGCGGAAUCGUUGUCGGUGCAAUUUCGCCCGGGUUCGCGAGGCCUCCGAACCGAACGGGACUCCGAAUCGGGGCUUAACUUUGGGCGAGAAGAUCGAAGCCGACGAAGGGUCUCCGGGCGCCUCGGAUAAACGGCUCUGCGACGACCUCCGCUCUCUUUCCAUCAGCGACGACCACCGCGAUCGAGCCCUCCGAGGUGACCCGAAACGCGAUAAAAUCCAACCCCUCCAUUUGAGAAAUUGCUCUCCGUGCGAAUGCAGAGGCGACCGAGCCGCCCGGAAGCCUCGACAGAGACUCACCCAAUCCGCUAAUGUGGCCUCGAGAAACGUCCGCAGAAACGGCUUGCCCGGCAAACUUAACGUUCCCAGGCCCAGAACACCUUACGCCAAAAGAUCUUUCUGCAUCGACACUCUUGCACCGCCCUUCAGCAUCGUCCACGGCUGCCGAGACUCCGAUUACCCCGAGCACUGGCGGCUCACUUCGGUCUAUCAACAAUCUUACAGAAAUCCGGUUAAACAGAGGGGCACCAUAUUAAACUGGGAUUGACGGGAAUGGGGGGAGCAAAGAGGCCGAAAAACAAGCAUUUCUUACCUGCCCGGAUCGUUGAUACAACAAAAUCUUGAGUCCAAUGAGAAAUAACAUUUUUCACUUCAAUUUUUAGUCCACGCUUUCGUACUGAUGGAAAUGAUCGAUAUGUUGAAAAAGUAUUGUUACUUUGGAGCUCUUUAGUGUCUCGGAAUACCUUCAAAAAAGUAUUAACCUUUGAGAUUCAAACACUUUUUUGAGUGUUGAAAUAUUUUUUAGCGUAUAUGCUCUAAGAACUUUGGAGUUUGAAGAUUUCAUUCGUCGCGCUUCCGAGUGAUGAACGUCCAGUCGUGUUGCUUAGAAAAAUCGCUACUUUCCACUGUAGAAGUUACCAAGUUCCUAGAAACGUAGUGACAUUAAAACGAAUUAGUGAAGAUAAAGAAAUUGUUAGGAAAUUUUCCGCUCGUCCUCGUUCCUCAAUUCUUUUAUACGUUAUCCUCGUAGUAGCUGUAUUAAGGUAGAUGGGUGACAGCUACGUGAUAUUUGCGCCAACGAUAUUUUUCGAAAAUUUCCAAAGACGAAACUUACUUUGAAAUAAUAAUUUUAUUUACAAAUAUCAUCGGUAGAGAGCCAACAUUUUUAUGCAAUUUUAUUAUUAAAAAAACGUUUGAAGAGCUCACUUUGACUAGCGUGGUGCAACAGAUGCCGUUGUUGAAAAAUCAGCAAUAAAAAAGUUUACCGAGAUAAAAAUGGUAGUUUUGUAAAAACUGAGAAAAAAUUUGGCGAAGCGAACGAAUGACAAAAUAUAACCAAAAGGUCGAACUGACGUCACACGUGAACAUAAAUUGAAUGGGACGUUGCCAAACGUUGCCAAUUCACAUGUCGCCUAAUCUGAAUGAUUAUUCCUCAUCAGAUAUUUUUUAAUAUUUCUACUAAAAUACAUGUGGGUUCUUGAAUAUCCACGAAAUACGAUCGAUUUUUUUGCAAAAUCUUGG